AUGGCGCGCUCAUUCGGAGCAAACCGCACGGUUGUGCUGGCGAUCAUACUCUUCGGAUGUAUAUUAGCGACGUUUUCCACUGCUAAAGAAGAGUCCGCCGCUAAAUUUGAGGACAAAGAAGUCCAAAAGGACAGGAAGCUUGUACCUUACCAGAUUGUUAACAAGGAUGGCAAGCCGUACAUUCAAGUUAAGAUCAAGGAUGGUGAGACAAAGGUUUUCUCUCCUGAAGAGAUCAGUGCCAUGAUUCUCACUAAGAUGAAGGAGACUGCUGAAGCUUACCUUGGCAAGAAAAUCAAGGACGCUGUUGUCACUGUCCCAGCUUACUUCAACGAUGCCCAGAGGCAGGCUACAAAGGAUGCUGGUGUUAUUGCUGGUCUCAAUGUUGCCAGAAUCAUCAACGAACCCACUGCUGCUGCUAUUGCCUAUGGUCUUGAUAAGAAGGGUGGUGAGAAGAACAUCCUUGUCUUUGACCUUGGUGGUGGUACUUUUGAUGUCAGUGUCUUGACCAUUGAUAACGGUGUCUUCGAGGUUCUCUCCACUAAUGGUGACACUCACUUGGGAGGUGAGGACUUUGACCACAGGAUCAUGGACUACUUCAUCAAGUUGAUCAAGAAGAAGCACCAAAAGGACAUCAGCAAGGACAACAAGGCUCUUGGUAAGCUCCGCAGGGAAUGUGAGAGAGCCAAAAGAGCUCUUAGUAGCCAGCACCAAGUCCGUGUAGAGAUCGAGUCCCUCUUUGAUGGUGUUGAUUUCUCCGAACCUCUCACCAGAGCUCGUUUCGAGGAGCUGAACAAUGACUUGUUCAGAAAGACCAUGGGACCCGUGAAGAAGGCCAUGGAUGAUGCUGGUCUACAGAAGAGUCAGAUCGACGAGAUUGUCCUCGUUGGUGGAAGCACCAGGAUCCCAAAGGUCCAACAGCUGUUGAAGGAUUUCUUUGAAGGGAAAGAGCCGAACAAGGGUGUGAACCCCGACGAGGCUGUUGCUUAUGGUGCUGCUGUCCAGGGUGGUAUUUUGAGCGGAGAAGGCGGUGAUGAGACCAAAGAUAUCCUUCUUCUUGACGUUGCACCACUUACUUUGGGUAUUGAGACCGUUGGAGGAGUGAUGACAAAAUUGAUCCCGAGAAACACAGUUAUUCCGACCAAGAAAUCUCAGGUUUUUACAACAUACCAAGACCAGCAGACAACUGUCUCCAUUCAGGUCUUUGAAGGUGAGCGAAGUCUCACUAAGGACUGUAGGCUGCUCGGGAAAUUUGACCUUACCGGAAUCCCACCGGCCCCAAGGGGAACACCUCAAAUCGAGGUAACGUUUGAAGUGGACGCGAACGGAAUCCUGAACGUGAAAGCAGAGGACAAGGCGAGUGGUAAAUCAGAGAAGAUCACAAUCACAAACGAGAAGGGACGUCUGAGCCAGGAAGAGAUAGACCGGAUGGUGAAGGAGGCAGAGGAGUUUGCAGAGGAAGACAAGAAGGUGAAGGAGAGGAUAGACGCCAGGAACAGCCUUGAGACAUACGUGUACAACAUGAAGAACCAAGUAAGCGACAAGGACAAGCUUGCAGACAAACUGGAGGUGGAAGAGAAGGAGAAGAUAGAAGAAGUGACCAAAGAAGCCUUGGAGUGGCUUGACGAGAACCAAAACUCAGAGAAGGAAGAUUACGAGGAGAAGUUGAAGGAAGUAGAGGCAGUGUGUAACCCGAUCAUCACGGCUGUUUAUCAGAGGUCAGGUGGUGCACCAGGUGCAGGAGGAGAAUCAGCGGCCGAGGACGAGGACGAGGACGAGUCUAACGACGAGCUCUAA